UUUUCCUCCCGAUAUACAGAGAAAGAAAGAGAGAAAGACAUGAGAGUUGCAGGUAGAGAGAGAGCAGGGAGAAUAAGUGAGGUUUAUUGAGAGAUAGAGAGAGGGGAGAUGGAACCCCAGAGUGAUAAUAGUUCAGAGCAACAAAAAAUACAGACACAACAACAGCGUAGACCAAGGGGUUUCGCAGCAAGAGCAGCAGCAGAAGCAACAGCUAUAGAAAUGGAGAGUAUGAGUCCUAACGACAGUGGAGGAGGAGGAAAGGGAAAGAAAGAGAGAGAAAGGGAAAAAGAAAGAACAAAAUUAAGAGAAAGGCAUAGACGAGCAAUUACAAGUAGAAUGUUAGCAGGUCUUCGUCAAUAUGGUAAUUUUACAUUACCUGCUAGAGCUGAUAUGAAUGAUGUUCUUGCUGCUUUAGCUCGUCAAGCUGGUUGGUCUGUUGAUCCUGAUGGUACCACUUAUCGUUCUUCUCCUGCUCCGCCUCCUCCACUUCACAUUCCUCCUUCUCCAAUGAUACCAUAUCCUGUUAGAUCCAUUGAAAGUCCCGUAUCUACAACAGCAUUGAAGAACUGCUCAACGAAGGCACCUUUAGACUGCCAAACUCCUGUUCACAGAAUCGAAGGGAAUUUGUCACCUGCCGUGUCUCUUGAUUCUAGUGUAGUCGCAGAAAGAGGUCCGACGAACCGUGUCAACUCAUCUCAAUGCUUAGAGGCUGAUCAGCUUAUGCGUGAUGUUGGUCCUCAAGAGCAUGUGGGUGAUUAUACAGGAACUCCAUACAUUCCUGUUUAUGUGAUGCUUCCUACUGGUGUUGUCAAUAACUUCUGCCAAUUGGUUGAUCCAGAAGGCAUUAGACAGGAGCUAACUCAGCUGAAGUCUUUGCAUGUAGAUGGUGUGGUUGUUCAGUGUUUGUGGGGUAUUGUCGAAGGAUGGAACCCACAAAAAUACACAUGGGAUGGUUAUAGAGACCUGUUUGACAUCAUACGUCAGUUCACGAUGAAAAUACAGGUUGUAAUGGCAUUUCAUGAGUCAGAUGUAAAUGAAUCUGGGGAUAUACCAGUUUCUUUACCUAAGUGGGUUCUAGAUCUUGGAAGAGAUAACCAAGAUAUCUUCUUCACUGAUCGUGAAGGAAGAAGAAACACUGAAUGCCUAUCUUGGGGAAUAGACAAGGAAAGAGCAUUAAAAGGAAGAACUGGGAUAGAGGUUUAUUUCGACUUCAUCAGAAGCUUCCGUACAGAGUUUGAUGACUUGUUUGUGGAGGGCCUCAUUUCUGCUGUUGAAAUUGGACUUGGUGCUUCUGGAGAGUUAAAGUACCCUGCAUUUCCAGAAAAAAUGGGAUGGACAUACCCUGGUAUCGGUGAGUUUCAGUGUUAUGACAAAUAUUUACAGCAAAGUCUGCGAAAAGCAGCUAAAGUGCGUGGACACUUGUUUUGGGCAAGGGGACCUGAUAAUGCAGGUCAAUAUAAUUCAAGACCUCAUGAAACAGGAUUCUUCUGUGAUCGAGGUGAUUAUGACAACUAUUACGGGCAUUUUUUUCUCCAGUGGUAUGCACAGACCCUAGUAGACCAUGCAGAUAAUGUCCUUUCUCUUGCAAGUCUUGCAUUUGAAGGGGCACAGCUAAUCGUGAAGAUUCCAUCAGUUUAUUGGUGGUAUAAGACUUCAAGCCAUGCAGCCGAGCUGGCGGCAGGAUUCUACAAUCCAACAAAUCAUGAUGGUUACUCUCCACUGUUUAAUGUUCUUAAGAAACAUUCUGUCACGAUGAAGUAUGUGUUCCCACGCUUGCUGUACUCUGGUGAGGAAAAUGAUGAAGCUUUUGCUGAUCCGGAUGGUUUGAGUUGGCAGGUUCUAAAUUCAGCUUGGGAUAGUGGAUUGCUGAUUGCUGGUCAAAACACAAUGGCAUCUUAUGAUAGAGAAGGGUACCUCAAAAUUCUAGAGACUGCAAAGCCAAGAAAUGAUCCUGAUAGUCAUCAUUUGUCAUUCUUUGUGUAUCAGCAACCAUCUUCUUCAUUGCAGAGAGAAUUUGGGUUCUCAGAACUGGACUCUUCUAUAAAAUGCAUGCAUGGUAACAAUUUCAAUCCCGCGUAGUUUCUAAUCAUGGAAGUUGCCGGAAGAGAAAUAACAAAGAAGCUCCAGUCGGACUGAUGCUCGGGAUAUUUGGAGUUAUCAGAGGAGAAAGGGAAUGUCUUACGACCAUGCAAGACUGAUUGGAUUGGUUCCAAGCAGCAUGUCCUAGUCUCACUGUUUGUUUUACAGUGUAGUCUAUAUAGUAUUAUUCAUGAGUCUCCUAAUUCAGGUCGAAUCCUUUUUUCGGCACAAAGGAAUUAGCACAGAGUUGGUAAUAGAAAAAUAUUAGUACAUCAUUUUUUAUUGUCAAAAAUCCCAAUUUUAGUUAUAGGAUUGUUUUCAUCAAGAGAAUACAAGUUUGGAGAGCUUCCAUCA